AUGAAGAGUGACCGGUCUAAUGGUGUACCUCCAACCUUCAGUAAUGAACCUGGACCCUCAGACACAAAUGUUACUGGUUUACCUCUCAGACUCCAGAAGAUGAAGAAAAAGGAGGAAGAGGACGGAGCAGAGUCUGUAAUAUCCAGCUGUCUGUCUAUGAAGAGUGACCGGUCUAAUGGUGUACCUCCAACCUUCAGUAAUGAACCUGGACCCUCAGACACAAAAUAUAGCCAGCUGGAGAAGGCGGAGGAGAGGCACCAGAGUUCACUGAACCUCAACAAACAGAGAAUCAAGAUGAGGAAGAGGGACCUGCUCAACAUCCUGGAUGACUUAAAAGACGAUGAAUUUAAGGACUUCAAAUGGUCCCUGAAGAAAAAAAAAAAGAGAGACAUCAAACCCAUUCAAUGUGCCCAGCUGGAGAAGGCAGAGAGGAGAGACGUGGUGGAUCUGAUGGUGCAGAAAUAUGAACUAGCUGGAACUGUGGAGGUGAUGAAGAGCGUUUUAAAGAAGAUCAGCAGGAAUGAUCUGGUGAAGAAGUUACCAAACAUCAGCUCAGGAUCAGAAGCAGAUGGUGGUCUGCAGGAGGGUUUAGAUGAACAUCACAUCAUUCUGAUAACGAGAAAUCAAGAUGUGACUGAUGGAACUGAUGAAACAGAAAGAAUUCCCAUUGACAGCUCCUACACUGAGGUGUACAUCACAGACGGAAGGAGUAACGAGGUUAAUACCCAACAUGAGGUGAUGCAGCUUGAAACAGCUUCCAAGAAGAAGACCCUCCAUGACGCUCCAAUCAAGUGUCAGGACAUCUUUAAAGUCUUACCUGACCAACAGAAAAGCAUCAUCAGAGUGGUUCUGAUGAACGGCGUCGCUGGCGUUGGAAAAACCUUCACAGUGCAGAAGUUCACUCUGGACUGGGCACAGCGCUCCAACAACCAAGAGAUCAGUCUUCUGAUUCCACUUCCAUUCAGAGAGCUGAAUGUGAUCAAAGAUAAGCAGCACAGUCUGAUCACACUGAUCUGUCACUUCUAUCCAACAUUACAGAAGCUCACAGCAAAGAAGCUCAAAUCGAAAGACUUUAAAGUUCUGUUCAUCUUUGACGGCCUGGAUGAAAGCAGACUUUCACUGGAUUUCAAAAACAGUGAGGUCGUGUCUGAUGUCACACAGAAGUCAUCAGUCAGCGUGCUGCUGACAAACCUCAUCCAGGGGAAGCUGCUUCCCCGGGCUCUCAUCUGGAUAACUACCAGACCUGCAGCAGCCAAUCAGAUCCCUCCUUCAUGUGUUAGCAGGGUAACAGAAGUACGAGGCUUCACUGACCCCCAGAAGGAGGAGUACUUCAGGAGGAGAUUCAGUGAUGAAGAGCAGUCCAGCACAAUCAUCUCACACAUCAAGACAUCCAGGAGCCUCCACAUCAUGUGUUACAUCCCAGUCUUCUGCUGGAUCGCUGCUACAGUUCUGGACCACAUGUUGAUUACAGACCAGAGAGGAGAGCUGCCCAAGACCCUGACUAACCUGUACUCACACUUCCUGCUGGUUCAGACAAAGAUGAAGAAGAACAAGUAUGAUGAGGGACAUGAGACGAGUCCACAGGAGCUGACAGAGGCUGACAGGAACCUUCUUCUGAAGCUGGGGAGGCUGGCGUUUGAACAACUGGAGAAAGGAAACAUCAUGUUCUACCAAGAAGACCUGGAGCAGUGUGGUCUUGAUGUCACAGAGGCAGCGGUGUUAUCAGGAGUUUGUACACAGAUCUUCAAAAGAGAGAAACACCAGAAGACAACAGUCUACAGCUUUGUUCAUCUGAGCGUUCAGGAGUUUCUGGCUGCAGUCUACAUGUACCACUGUUACACCAGCAGGAACACAGAGGUACUGAAGGACUUCCUGGGAGAAGACUACAGUUACUCAACUCUGGAUGACUUCCUGAAGAGAGUCAUGGAGAAAUCUCUCAGAAGUAAAAAUGGCCACCUGGACCUGUUUGUCCGCUUCCUUCAUGGCCUCUCUCUGGAGUCCAACCAGAGUCUCUUAGGAGGCCUGCUGGGUCCGACAGACAACAGUCCAGAAACCAUCCAGAGAGUCAUCAACAACCUGAAGGAGAUGAACAGUUAUGAUAUCUCUCCUGACAGAAUCAUCAACAUCUUCCACUGUCUGAUGGAGAUGAACGACCGCUCAGUACAUCAGGAGAUCCAAGAGUUCCUGAAGUCAGAGAACAGAUCAGAGAAGGAACUCUCUGAGAUCCACUGCUCAGCUCUGGCCUACAUGCUGCAGAUGUCAGAGGAGCCUCUGGAUGAGUUGGACCUGAAGAAGUACAACACAUUCGAUGAGGGACAACGGAGACUGAUCCCAGCUGUGAGGAACUGCAGAAAGGCUCUACUUUCUAACUGUGGACUCUCAGAGACUCACUGUGAAGUUUUGGCCUCAGCUGUGAAGUCCAACUCCUCCCAUCUGACACAUCUGGACCUGAGUAACAACCCCCUGUCUGAUUCAUCAGUGAAGCGUCUGUCUGCUGGACUGGAGAGUCCAAACUGUAGACUGGAGACUCUGAAAUUGAAGUACUGCAGUUUGUCAGAGAUCAGCUGUGAUUAUCUGGCCUCAGCUCUGAAGGCCAACCCCUCCCAUCUGAGAGAGCUGGAACUGAGUAACAACAAGCUGCAGGAUUCAGGACUGAAGCGUCUGUGUGGUUUUCUGAAGAAACCAGCCUGCAAACUGGAGACUCUGAGAUUGCAGUGCUGCAGUUUAUCAGAGAUCAGCUGUGAUUAUCUGGUCUCAGCUCUGAAGCGCAACCCCUCCCAUCUGAGAGAGCUGGAUCUGAGCUACAACAAGCUGAAGGAUUCAGGACUGAAGCGUCUGUGUGGUUUUCUGAAGAGUCCAGACUGCAAACUGGAGACUCUGGGAUUGAAGAACUGCAUUUUGUCAGAGAUCGGUCCUCUAGCCUCAGCUCUGAAGUGUGCAUCCCAGGAAUCCUGCCCCUCCCGUCUGAGAGAGCUGGAUCUGAGUAACAACAAGCUGAAGGAUUCAGGACUGAAGCGUCUGUGUAAUUUUCUGAAGAGUCCACGCUGUAAACUGGAGACUCUGAGGGAACGCUCCUAG